AGUGCGCUGCUGCUUUUGGUGUGUUUGUGUGUUAUUUGGCUGAACCUCCUCGCUGUGAACGGACGGUCGAAACGGAACGCGAACGAACGGCCAGCAGCAAGCACUAGCACUGCAGAAGACCUGCCUCUUUUGCAGCCAUAUUUUUCUCGUGUCUCGCAUCGCCAUAGCGAGUCCCAAAAGUGAACGCGUAGUACGCGGAAUCGAAUCGAGUUUCGGGCAAAUUCAAUCGCGAGUUCCUGUUCAAAGUGCAUUCAUUGUUUUAAGGAAAGGCAGGCGCAGGAACAGGAAUAAAAGCACAAGCACAGAUUGACGGAUCGGAUCGAAGUUAGCAGCGAAAAACAUCCACGCGGAUUGGUUUUUGUUUUGACGUUCAAACUUCAGCCCGACCAUAAAGUGAAAAGUCAUUCGUGUUCAAGAGAUUGCAGUGCCAGCAGUGAAUCAAGUUUCCAAAACGAUUAGUGUUUGUAAAUUUUGUUUUAGGUCGUUUAUCCGCAGAAAAUUAGGUGUUUAUUGAUCGAAAAUUAGGUGGCGUUCUAGUGGAAGUCCGCAAUCAAAGUGCAAAGAACCCGUGAAAUCAAAAAUUACAGCAAAAAGACAUAAUGGCCUGUGCAACGUUGAAACGGUCGCUGGACUGGGAAAGUCUAAAUCAGCGGCCGACAAAGCGCCGGAGGUGUCAUCCCUUUGGCAGCCCCAGCAGUAACGCCCCAAACAGUCCAUCGUCAUCCGCUAUCGCUGCCGCCGCCGCCGCCUCCUCAUCAAACAGUGCAAUGCGUGUGAUGGAACCGAAGCCUUCUCCAUUCGCCGAAGCCGUCUGCCCGAAAUUGACCCCAGAAAAAAUGGCACAGAACAUCACAGAGGAGAUCAAAAGACUACACCGCCGAAAGCAGCUCACAUUCAACACCGGCAACAUGGAGCGAAUGCAGGACUCGGAAUCGAGUGGGUCCGAGAUGGGCCCGGACAGUCCCCGCAGACCAGACAGCCCUCCAAGCAUGGUCAAACAUCCGGAAAAAGCCCUGUUCACAUUCAAACAGGUGCAAAUGAUUUGCGAGCGUAUGCUGAAAGAACGGGAAGAUGCCUUGCGGGAGCAGUACGAUGCCGUUCUGACCAACAAACUAGCCGAACAGUACGAUGCAUUUGUCAAGUUCACAUACGACCAAAUACAGAGACGCUAUGAAGCGGCACCUAGUUACCUCUCUUAAUCUGCUAGUUAACUUAUGAAGCAAAGGAUUACACAACAACAAAAAACCGUGAGAUGCGUUCAUCCACCCAACAUAACUACAGCAACAACAACAAACCGACACAAACAGAAACGUAUCCAUAUAUGUAUUUAAAUUGAUCGAUCUAACACGUUAAAACUGAGCUCUUCAUUUAUUUGCACUAAACUUCUAAUUACUACUUGUCUUUUGCUGCUGAUACGAUUUUUAAGAGAUAGGGAAAGAGGUGAAGAAAGAAGCAACUUGUAAAACCCCAACAACAGGAAAAUGCUUUCCGAUGCCACAUUUAGACUGUUAACUCUUAUUACUGAGAAAAAAAAGCUGCUGCGCCAUUUGCCAGGAGCGCGAUAGAAUUACGGCAGAUAUGUGUACCAUUUGAAUUGGAAUUAUUUUUCUUUUUGUAAACUCAUUUUGUGGAUUCAUUGUCAGAAAUAAAAGAUAGCUCUUGUCAUCUAAUGGAA